GGGAGCGCGCAGGCAUCCAGCAGCCAGCAGCCAGAGCGCCGCGGAGUGACUGAGGUGAGGGGGGGAGCGAACAGGCGAGGACGAUGCAUCUUUCAUUUGCCAUUUGCGCCACUUGGGCAUCCUCGGUUGCGCGCUGUCGGCCUCGCGGGGUCGGCGACUCUGAUCGUUUGAUCGAUACUCAUCGAUAAUCCAACAGCAGACGGCCUUCUCCUUCGUUUAGGAAGACAAAGGGGAGUCCGGCGGAGGUGAUGUGCGUUGUCGCCAGGGCUCCGUCAUCAAUCUUACAGUGGCUGACCCGCUUUUGCUCACUUUGGACUGUUGGACAGAUGCCGGGAGCCACUUUUUUGUGAGAGUAGGACCACCUCGUGCGGAGAGUAAACGGCUGGAAGGAAGCACGGAGCGUGUCGUCCAAGGCAACCGGCCCGGAUCUGCCACCAUCUCCCGCUAGCCUCCCGCCUUGUUGCCCCACUGUCGUGUCCUCGCCUCUGCUACGGCUUUCCCAUGGAGAGUGCACACCCACCCGUGUAGGAUGCCUACCUCGUCCGACACCCUGGAUUCCCACCUGCCCGCCACCAACUCCUCCUUCUCCUCACGCGUACCCACUCUUGCCAACAGUUCGUUGCGGCCCCCAAGGCUGUGCCCCGCCCCUCUCCAACAUGGUGGAUGAGGCAACCACCAUGAAGGAUGAUGUCAUCAACGCCAACACGUUGGCUUGGCUGGUCUGCUCGGGCGUGUCAAUCCUGGCCAACACGUGGAGCAUCCUCAGCGUCAGCGCCAAGCAGAAGAAGUGGAAGCCGCUUGAGUUCCUCAUCUGCACGCUGGCUGGUACGCACAUCCUCAACAUGGCCGUCCCCAUCACCAUGUACUGCGUCAUAACGCUGCGGCGUCAGCAUUCCAACUACGAGUGGAACGAGGGCUUGUGCAAGGUGUUUGUGUCCACCUUCUACACUCUCACGUUGGUCACCUGCUUCUCUGUCACAUCACUCUCUUACCACCGCAUGUGGAUGGUACGCUGGCCUGUCAACUACAGGCUGAGCAACACCAAGAAGCAGGCGGUGCACACAGUGAUGGGGAUCUGGAUGGUCUCUUUCAUCCUGUCCACGCUUCCAGCGGUGGGCUGGCACGACACCAUCGACCGCUUCUACACCUCCGACUGCAGAUUCAUUGUGACAGAGAUCGGCCUGGGGUUUGGGGUUUGCUUCCUGCUCUUGAUUGGCGGUAGCGUGACUAUGGGUGUGAUCUGCAUCGGCAUUGCUCUCUUCCAGACCUUCUCCAUUCAGGCAGGCCACAAAGCGGACAAGAACAAGUUCAACGUCCCCACCAUCGUGGUGGAGGACGCUCAGGGCAAGCGCAGAUCCUCCAUUGAUGGGUCAGAACCUCUCAAGACUUCGCUGCAAAUCACUUACCUGAUCAGCGGUAUUGUCUUCAUCUAUGACUUUCUCACCGGCUUCCCCAUACUCGUGGUGAGCUUUGCCAGUCUGAAGUUCGAACGCUCUUACAACUGGAUGGUUCUGUGUGUGCUCUGGUGCUCCAUUGUGCAGUCUAUCUUGCUGCCCAUGUUCCUGUGGGCCUGUGACCGCUAUCGGGCGGAUAUCCGCAUGGUGUGGGACAAGUGCGUGGCCAUCAUGUCCAAUGACGAGGUGGACGAGGAAAACAGCCAAGAUGGAGGAAUUCAUGUCGACUUAAUAUAUGACAGACCAUAUGACUAUAGCUCAGCGCCUGAAAUCGUGACCGUAGACCGUAAUGCCAAGUAUGAGUUCUCAACCUUAGAAAGGGGGAUCCCGCAAGGGUAUCCAGUGAGGGAACAGCAGGAAGAUAAAAUGCAGUAUUUGCAGGUGCCCCCUACAAGAAGAUACUCCCACGACGAAACCGACAUGUGGACCAGCGACCGGAUCCCCCCCUCCUACCUUCACCGGUGGGGCUCCAGCGAGGACAUGAUAGUGAGUGGGCACUACAGCUCCACCUUGCCGCGCCGCGAGAGGCGCAGGAACAGCCUGGUCGCCUACCACGAGGAGAGCCGCCAUCAUCGUCACCGCUACUACCACCAGCCGCAGCUCCAUCGCAAGCGGCGGCGCUCUGAGGACGCGCAAUCCCUCAAGCACCUGCCGCGCGGCACUCACGACUACCGUGACGACGACCCGCGCUGCUUCAGCCGCGACGAGGUCAUCAACUUUAUCGACGAGACGCCGCUGCCGAGCCCCAGGAAGAGCCCGCGGCGCGCGUCCUGCACCCUCGCCCUCCUCCCCGGUGUGUACGAGCGUCACACCGUCACCCUGCCUCACUUUGCGCUCACAGACUUUGAACGCGAGCCUCAAGCGCUCAGGUGCUUCUCGGAACACAAAAGCUGCACGAGGAGCUCACCCGAAGGGAGCGGCGGUCAUGGGAGCUCCGGGAAAGGAGGUCGGCAGGUGGGCUCGCCUGCAGGGAUCAGCCGACGGACUCCCCCACCUGUUUGCAGGUCCAGGGCGGGUGCAGCAGCUGACUGGGCCCAACACAAGCAGACGAGCCAGGGGGAUAGUAAAGCAAACACGAACAGUUUUGUAAGCACAUCCUUGGCAUCCUCUUCGGGAUAUAUUACCUUUCACUCGGAUUCUGUUGGCUCUGCUUCCUAAAACAACAACAACUAAUUUCCCAACAGUGUGAUACUUAACUGUUUCGUCAUGGACUAAGCAUUACCUGCCUUUUUUAAAAUUCUUGCAAUCAAUAUUUAACCCUCCUGUUAUGUUUAUUUCUCUGGUCCACCAAAAAUGUUCACUGGUCAAGGUGACCUGCUGCAUGCAUGUUCAACCAUAACGAUACAAUUAAAAAAAGAACAUAAAAAUAGUUUUCUUGCUCCCAUUAAAUCAAUGAGUUUUACAUCAUAUUCAACAUUAUGUCCAGAAAGCCACUGUGCACUGAUAUUUUUUAUUAACAUGUUUCAAUGUAGACUACAAGCGGUACAUACCCAAUGUUUGCCGACCUUUACUGAGCCAAUGCACCCAUUUUACUUUGGAGACAUCUCACGGCACACACCAUAUCAUGUAAACACAAACAAAGCCUAAACAAAUAAUGUUCAUCUUUGGUGGCUCUCUUAUGACAUCUUGUGUGACUAAAAAAAGACAUUGUGGAUGUUAAAAGUCCAACGAGAUGUACAUGGAGUGUGUAUUCUAUAGGCAGUCUCUAACAGGAAGUUUCAAUAUAGAAUAAGUAUGUACCUCUUAUAGUCUAUAUUGAAGCAUGUCUGUCAAUAAAAAUACAAGUGUGCAUUGACUUUUUAUUUUGCCAUUACAAGCUCUUUCUGCAUAGGCAGGGGUGUUUUUAUUGUGGGCCACAUCGUAGUUCUGGUUUCCCUUAUGGGGCCGGUUAUGAUGUACAAUUGCUAGGAGUGUAUGCCAAAAAUCAGGGUUGGGUUCGUCUUGGGUUUAAGUUCGCGGUUUGUUUCACAUUGGGUGCAGUGAGGGAGCAAAAGGCAAAACAAAGUUCACGUUUUGUGUAAACGGAAACACAACACAGUUGAACCGGCAAUGUAUUGAAUCUUUUCAAUCUGUGACAUCAGUAGUUUUAAGCCUUCCUUUCAAGAAAUGAAGAUGCAGACAAGUGUAACUGUAAUAUUUUGUCCAGAGAGAAUUAUUAUGCUGUAAAAACACUAACAGGGCAUUUGUGAUUGCUUUGGCUCCAUCUGAAGAGAAUGUUUAAUUUCUAUUCCGUUCGGUUUGUUGAUGAUGUUUUGUUUUUUCACUGAUAUUCAGAUUCGCGUGAUGCCAUUUCUCAUAAGUUUCCAAGUUUAACUUUCUACCAAAAGCAUGUUGCUUGCCCGCCAUGAUGUCCGUGAACCAGAAGCUGAGCUGCACUGUAUUUGUUUACAGAUUAGGUGCGUGGCAAGAGCGCGAGACAGUUCGACUUCUUGCCCAUUACCUAAUUUGUUGUGUGUAGGAUCCCAAAUCCUCUCCCCAUCAUAUCAUUGUCCAUCUCUUUGAAUAGUUGUAUAAUGAAUAAUUACUUUUGAACAGAAGUCAAAGAAAAAUGGUGGCGUGCGUAAGCAGGCCACAAAAAAGUACAUGAAGGCCCCACGGCCCUUGAUUUUGACACCUCUGCCAUGGGGUGAUCACAUGAAAAUUGGACAUGAAGCCACGUUUGUGUGUUAAUUCGGGGUUACAAAAGCGAGUGUUUUUUAACCUUCAUGGAGCUAAGGCACCAAGUUUACAUUCGAAAAAUCUCACAGCACACCACCAAACAAAAAGUAUGAAUAAUUAAAUAAUGAUGAUCUCACUUUAGUCACUGACUCAGUGUGAAAUCUGGGCCUGUUUUAUUGAACACAAAGCUGAUUUACUUACACAAAGCCAUGACGUAUUUUUCUGUACGACUGGUCGAUACAUGGGUGUUUUUGUACCUUCUGGCAUCCAAUGGAGGAGCAUUUAAUUGUUCCUCCUUUCACUAUACAGUAUGUCGGUCACGUAGAUAGAUUAACAAAGAUAUUCUUGUAAUUGAUAUUUUCUUCAGACAAAUCAAGUGAAAUUUGAUCAUUUGCUCCGGCACCGCUGAUGGUCUCUCAUGUACGGUGGCCUGGAAGUGCAAAACAAUGUAACAAAUUUGGAAACAUGUUUACAGUUCAGGCGGCACGGUGGCCGACUGGUUAGAGCGUCAGCCUCGCAGUUCUGAGGAGCGGGGUUCAAUCCCCGGUCCCACCUGUGUGGAGUUUGCAUGUUCUCUCCGUGCCUGCGUGGGGUUUCUCCGGGCACUCCGGUUUCCUCCCACAUCCCAAAAACAUGCAUUAAUUGGGGACUCUAAAUUGCCCGUAGGUGUGAAUGUGAGUGCGAAUGUUGUUUGUUUGUAUGUGCCCUGCGAUUGGCUGGCAACCAGUUCAGGCUGUACCCCGCCUCCUGCCCGAUGACAGCUGGGAUAGGCUCCAGCACGCCCGCGACCCUGGUGAGGAGAAGCGUCUCAGAAAAUGGAUGGAUGGAGGGUUUACAGUUCAGAACACAAAUUAACAAAAGCAGAAACACUUUUACAAAAGACGAAACAAAUUACUAUUGACAAAGCUCGGAAAGGGAACGUCCCAUUUCACAGACAUUCUUCGAAAUCAGAACGCCCUUUCUCGGCAAGACCCGCCCCCCCACCCCCUCAAUAUGAUUGGCUCCUGCAUCGCGAGAACGGUAGGCCACGCAGAUGUAACGAGAUGUCCGUUCCAAAUAGAAUUUUUAAAAAUUAAAAAGUUUAUUAAGGUUAGGUUUCGGACUAGGGUUGGGGUUAAGGCAUUUUAGGAUGAGUUAAGGUUCCCAUUGCGCCUUUUGUAAUUUGUUUCGUCUUUUGUAAAAGUGUUUCGGCUCUUGUUAAUUUGUUUCCUGCAAUUAUUUUCGUUCUUUUGUAGAAGUGUCUCUGCUUUUGUUAAAGCGGGUUAACCCUUUUCUGAAAUGGAAAAGUGUUUCACAAUUUGUUAUAUUGUUUUGUACUUCCAGGCCACCAUACUCAUGGCAUCCUGGUUAAGAAUCUCUCAUGUAAGGUACUGUAUAAGCAUUUGUUACAGAUAAAAUGUAAUGCAAAUGAGUGUUUAAUAUUUAAAACAAAUAAAAUUUAAACGGCACAGUGUUUUUAAUCCAAUUUUUUUCCAUUUUAAAAUCAACUCCAUAGUUUUAAACAACAUAACAGGAGGGUUAACUUGCACGUUCACAUAUGUACUCAUCCUCCAUUGUGAAAAGAUGGCUCUUCACCUUUCACAUUCCAGAAUAUUCAGUGGGGGCAUGAUUUGUUCCGGCACCUUAACACAAAGUAAUUCUUUCUAGAUGAUAUUCACACCUUUCUUUAUGCGCUGUGAAGUUGUUGCUAUUGAUAUACAGUACAUUGAAAGGCUGGAAAAAUCUGGAUUUUAUUUCACAAAACGUGUGUUUAGCGUGUGUGUGUGUGUGUGUGUGUGUAUAUAAUAUUAUUGUACAGCUGCUUUUGUUUUCGGACGGGUUCUUUCCUUCUCAUGAGUCAGGACAUAAUACAAUCUCCAUAUUUAUUUUGAUAAUGAUGUACAACGUGUUGUUCCCAAACUGUACAACACUAUUUUUCACGAUAAAUAAGUGCAGUAGUCCCAAACUUUUCCGUGGAUGUUGCACAUAUUGACAUUAGAGGCGAGGGCCCCAAAUUGCUGAUGACAAAGGUCAAGCCAACUUUCAAACCAGUUUGGGAUUAUAGUGCACCCAUAAUUUAUUUCCACGUGGAAGAUGGUGAAAUACAACCGUAAGACUGACUAAAUGUUGCAUCGUUUUCAUGUUUAGAUUGCUCAGACCUCGCAAUCGAUGACAAAAAGAGAAAACUAUGUGAAAAGCCAUUCAUACGAUUGUUUAAAUUGAGUCCGCAAAAGAUGGGAAAAAGUUAAGGCAUCGAAAAUGAAGGCUCUCAUAGAAGUUACACAACAACAUAUGCAAACCUAAAUGGAUAUCCAGAGUUAAAUGACGAUGUGAAACCAGUAUCCAAUAGUUGCACAUGUUUUUUUUUCCCCCAUCUCCUGCUCUCUUCUCCAGUGUUUUGUUGUCACUUGUAUUACUGCACGUUUGUCAUUGAAACAUCACACAUUACAUUCCCCUUUUGUAGAACUUUUUAUUGUAUACACCAUCUGAAUAUAUAAUUUUGUAACAUAUUCAAAGAUCUGUGAGUCAACGAAUGAUGUUGAAUUGUUAUGAGUUCCUAGAUGACGACUUUGUUUUUUG